GCACUGGGUACGAGAGUGCAUUCUGUUGUGCAUUGCAGCUGUGAAAGAUAGACGUGGCGGAGGACGGAUUAUAGUGUGGUUCCUUCCCCCGUAACAAGGACAGUUAUUUACAUCUAAUGGGGGAAUUUGGAAUUGAAACUACAAAUAUAAGAGCUUUAUCACCAGUGGACUUUGAUCAAUUGUCGAAUAAUCAGUAUUUUUUCGCACCAGACCCUGUUCCAGUGCGUGGUAAAAUGCAAGAUGACGCGCUACUCGAUAAGACGGCUGCUAUUUCUAAACAGGCGCAGCAGAUACCAGUAUCAACAAACGGGUCUGAUCAAAAUGAGGAUUCUUUAUUAAAGAAAAUGAACAAUGGCGUCACAACUUAUUCAGAGGACAAACUAUCCCAACUUUCAACAGUGCCGACAGUAAGUCAGGUGCGUAUUUCCGAACCGACCACGUCUGCUCCAACGACAUUGUCGUCUGCUCAAGGGUAUUGGUCAUCAGCACCAGCAGACGACACAUUUGUUCAAGGAUUUCAGUCAUUAAAUGGUACCGUAACGUUUCAGCAGUUUUCACCGUCAACUAAUGCGACAAACAUGUCUAAUGUGAUGUUUAAUACCGGUUACCCAGGUCAGGUGGGUGUAAGUUUAGCACAACAGUCUCAAAGUCAGAGAAGAGCCAUCACAGCACAUCAUAAUUUUCCACAGCGUCAGCCAAACAUAAUGAUCAAUAAUGCUAAAUCUUAUCCAAAUUGGAGCAAUGCACCUGUCCAGUCCUGGUCUGGUCAACAAAAUCAAGCCACAUUGUCUCCUUGGACUAAUGUACAGCAACAAAGAAGAUCAGUGCCGAAUAUUAAUGCAUUGGGUCCUAUGAAAAAGCCUAAUUUUCAGCAUGUUUCUAAUAUUCAGCAGUCAUCAAUGGUUGCACCAUCGAAGUUUCGAAGGAGUACUUCUUUUCCAGGACAAAUUCAGCAAGCAGCAAUGGGAAUGAAACCGUCAUUUGAAUAUUCAGGAUUUGAAGACCUUCAGAAUCAACAAAGAGAAGGAGUUUUACCUUACCAGAAUGAACGUCCAGCAUCCUUUGAUACAAUGAGGUUUCCAGCUUUGGAAAGUCAGUUACUGGAUAUUAUGAGGACAACAGUUGAUGGCCAAACAGCAGAUCAUUUUAGAGGUAAAGCACAGUUUCAUCUUGAUGAUAAUCAUCUUUUAGAUGAUGGAUCUUUAGAUCAAACAGUACCUAAUAUCAGUGGAUCACUACGUGGUUCACCUAAUUCACAACCUGGGGUAGAGCAUAUGGAAAGGUUCUCGAGGAAAGUUUUUGUAGGAGGAUUACCACCUGAUAUUGAUGAAGAGGAGAUUACAGCAGCUUUCAGAAGAUUUGGUCCAUUAGUUGUUGACUGGCCUCAUAAAGCUGAAUCUAAGUCAUAUUUUCCUCCUAAAGGUUACUGUUUUCUUAUAUUUCAAGAUGAACUCUCUGUUCAAGCUUUAGUAGAAGCAUCAUUAGUUGAUGAUGAUAAACUGUAUUGGUGUGUGUCUAGUCCUACCAUGAAAGAUAAACCUGUUCAGAUAAGGCCAUGGAAUUUAAGUGAUUCUGAUUUUGUGAUGGAUGGAUCUCAGCCCCUUGACCCAAGGAAAACAAUAUUUGUUGGUGGUGUGCCAAGACCUCUACGAGCGGUGGAAUUGGCUAUGAUAAUGGAUAGGUUAUAUGGGGGUGUUUGUUAUGCUGGUAUUGAUACAGAUCCAGAGUUAAAAUACCCUAAAGGUGCUGGUCGAGUGGCCUUUUCUAAUCAACAAAGUUACAUAGCUGCUAUAAGUGCAAGAUUUGUACAACUACAGCAUGGUGAUAUCGAUAAACGGGUUGAGGUUAAACCAUAUGUACUUGAUGAUCAGAUGUGUGAUGAAUGUCAAGGUGCUCGGUGUGGAGGUAAAUUUGCACCAUUUUUCUGCGCAAAUGUUACAUGUUUACAGUAUUAUUGCGAAUACUGUUGGGCUCAGAUCCAUUCACGACCAGGAAGAGAGUUCCAUAAACCGCUUGUAAAGGAAGGAGCAGAUAGACCAAGAGCAGUACCAUUUCGUUGGUGCUAAUUCUUGGUUUGUAUGAGAAGAUCUAUAUGAUAGUAAAACAUCAUCAAGGAAAGGCUGCUACAAAAGAACUAACAGAAGAAGUUAUAACAUAGGGCUUUUUUGCUUUUGUAUUCAUCACUAUAAUAUUUAAUAUUUUAGGGUUAUCUGUUAUAAUGACAGUAUUUGUGAUAUUGUCCAAAUAUUAAUCAAUUGGUGGUAGAGCAAAAUAUUUAGAAUGUUUUUUUUUAACAAUUCUCUAUUUCUAAAGCCGAAACAUGCAUCAUUCUAAUAUUACAUGAAUUUUUUUUUUAAACUAAAUUUUUCACAUCUAGACUUUUCGUGAAGGGAAUAUCCCCUAUUUUUUCACUUUCAUACAAACAAGGUUCACUUUUACAUUUUAUAGUGUGAUGAGAUAAUACCAAAGAUAUCUUAGCAAUUUUCUAUGAAUUGAAUAAUGCAAUGAUGCCAGAUCAACCUACCUGGGUUUCAUAUUGGUACAUAUACUAUCAUAAUAUGAAGUAAUGUGUGCUGAACUUAAAACAAAAGUUCUUGUGUGUUUUCAUGAUGGAAACAAUAAGUGAUAGGAGUAGUAAAGACUGUUCUGUUGUUGUUAAUGUUAAAUCUUGUCAGAUGUUUUUUUCUAGUCAUCUCAAGAUGGUGUUUAUUGUUUUCUAUUGAUAAUAUCACGAUUUCCUUUACUGGACAACAACUCCAGAAGGAUAUGCAUAUAAAAGUGUAUAUGAAAACUGCAGGGAAUAUAUAUUUUCUAGAAAGAUAAAGUGUGGUUAAUUGUAACUUUUUUAAUUUUCAGUUUUUGUCGCAUUUUUUAUUCUGGUCAGCAUACAGUCCAUUUUGUACACAGAUACUUAGAAUUUUUCUAUUCAGAUUAGAUUUUUAAUAUAUAUUAAAGUGAAUCAAUUUCAUCAUUCAACGAAACAUUUGGUUUAACAAUUAGCUUUCGCCACAGUCUUCUUAAAGUCAAAAUCUUUCAAAAAUCUGAGAAUGGACCAAAAGUAAGCAUUUAGUUGACAGGUUUAAAAUUACUUUCAUAUUAACAUACCACAAAGACAAUUUAUCAUUUUGUUUUGCGUGAUCUCUGAUUUAAUCAAGAUCAUUUUGAUCCUUAUUAUAGUUUGUGGAGAAAGAGGGGAGAUAUGAACAGGAAAAUAAUAAGACAAUUUGUAUUUCGAAGCGAUGUUACGUGUAUUGAAAUUGUGAUAUGUUGAUAUGAUAUUUUGUAAAACUUGAAGUGCCACACCACUCCAUUCUACCCACACAUGUUAUUGUAACUUUUUACGUUGUCCCUUAUUUAAUGACUAACUUACACAAGAUACGUGUUUUGUGCAGGUUUGUGCAAUUUGUUAUGGUUGUGCAUUUGUUUUGUUCAGUAACACUAUUUUGCUCAAUGAAAAUUGAACUUGUGUUGUUAUUUUCCCUAGUCUUAUGUUAAAGCAUUAUUUAUAACAGAGAAAUAUUUUUAAUUUUGUAUAAAAAAAAUAUGUACAUAUAAAAAAGAUAAAAAAUAAUUUUUUUAAAUAUUUAGUUUCUUACUUAUGUGUGGGUUUUUAUGGAUCAGCAUUUAUAACUGGAAGUUGUAUGUAUCAUGAUAUUUUAUAAACUGACAUCAAUAAUUGACAAGUUUCUAGUCUGUGUAUAGAACAGUUUCGUUACUAUUUGAUUAGUUUGGUUUUUUUAUUGGUGGAGGUUGAUUAUGUUUGAACGACCCAACUAGAAAUUUGUCAAAUAUGUAAAAACAUGUAGAAUAUUGAGAUUUUUAAGGAAAGAUUUUAUGACAUGCAUCACCCAAAUCAUUCUCUUUUCUUACAUUGCACUUGCCUUUUUUGUAGUUCAUGUUACAGUGACAAGAGAUUGCCAUUUUUCCAGGCAUUCAUCUCUAUUUCAUUGUCUCUUUUUCUAUUUCUUGUUCAUACAGCACCAAGUAUUUUUGCAUUUGCAACCUUGUUACAUUGUUCAGAAUUUCCACCUUUUCAAUAUUUGCAUGUUUGUAAUAAAUGAUAAACAUUAUUUUUUACAUGAUAUCUUUUUUGAUAAUUAGAUGUUUGGUAUUUUGUAUUUUUGUGAGUUUUACAAAUGUUAGUUAUAGAUACCAUAAUCACAUUUAAGAGAAAAGCUUCCAGUUACAUUUUAUAUGGGGAAGGGUUUGUUUUUAUUAUUUAAGUGCUUCUAAUAGUUUUAUUUAAUAAUUAUUUAUGAUAGUCCUGUUUGUUAAUUUCAUAUUCUCUCAUUUCAUUUAUUUUUUAAGUUUCUUAUCCAUGUUUUAUAUUCUUAGUUUUUAAUUUUAAAUGUUCAAAUUGCCUUGAACAGACUGUGAUCAUUCAGAAAACAUGUAGCUUCCAAACUGUCAAAGAUAAUUUUUGUACUGAAAUUUAUAUGUUUUCAUUCCCAACAGUGCGGGUUAGUUCAAAUUACCUGUGAUUCCAUGAUGUGGUGUAAAAAUCAUAACAGAUAUAAUAGAUAAUAAAUAGGGAGGAAUUUAAUACUCCUCCCAGAUAAUAAACAAAAAACGCUGUUUAUAAAAUCUAGUCUUAAUACAAUUAUUAAUACAGUGAUUAUUAUUAUAAUCUCUACUCAAAAUGGUAGAAAUUCACCUUAAUUAUUGCCCUGAUUUCUAUAUUUGAAUACAGUGGUUAUUUUUUUUAAUAAGACUGUGUUUUUAUAUAUAACAUGUGCUAGAAUAUGAUAACUAAUUUUUUAUUUUUUUUUAUUUUCCAUAAUCUGAUAUGUCUAUUUAAAAAAACAAGAAUGAUUUAUGCACCACAUUAUACUCUACUCUGUUGAUAAUACUAGGCAUCUAGUAAAUCUCACUAUGUCAAAACAAAAAAUGUUGUUCAUCUUUUCAGAUUUGAUUUUUAUAUUCAUUUUCUUUUUUUAAAUUUUUGUAAAAAUAUUUGUAAAUUAAUGUAAUUGAACGAUAUUCUUUAAUAAUAAUUCUUGUUAAAAUAUAAAUCAGUAAGCAAUACCCCUUUCUACUUAAUGAUAGAAUCCAGCACACUUUUUAUUGGUACAUUUCACCGUUUCAGAACUUGGCUAUUUGUAUUAAGAAAUACUUAACCUGUGUGCACCAUUUCUAACAAGUAUUUUUUAACUGCAGUAAAUUGUACUUCAAUUUUUUUUAACUUUUAUUAAACUUACUAGUACCUCAAAACUAAAACAUACACAAUUUUAAACUAAUACUCAUUUCGAGAAUGAAAAUUUUCACAUUAAAUAUGGAGAAUUUGAAACUCAAAAUCAGGUCCAAAUGUCUCAAUCAUGUUGAAUAGCCUGCCAGUUUUUGUGUUGUCCUUCCAUAAGGACAGAAGAUAUUUAAAGAUGGUUUAAGACAAAGGAUUAAAUUAUUCAAUAAUUUUGAUAACAUUAAAAUUAAUGUAAUUGAAUAUUGUUUGUAUAUUAGGUAAGUCAUUAAUCUUUGAAACAUCUUUGAAUAUCAUCUGUUGUAUGUAUUAUUGUUGUUAUGGUUGUACAAUUUGUCUUUUUGUUGAUAUAUUGUUCAAUCUUCACUAACAAUAUUAUUAUUAUCAAUAUUAUUUAUAUCUUGUAUAUUGUUUACAAACAUUAUCUGAUGAUCAGAAGGUUAUAUUGGGUAAUUUAACUAAUAAUAUAAACAUAGAGAGAGAUCAGAAUUGUUAAUAAACAAAGUUUUUGUUGUUGUUUCACCUUUUUAAAAGAUAAAUUAGUUUUAUAUUUUCUUUUAUAAACAGAGCUUCUUUAUUUUUAUUAUUAUUAUAUUUUUUUUUUCUGUUGGUCAUGACCCCGUGAAUUGAUGAGAAAAGUGGAGGGCUGGGGAUUGUUAUCCAAUCUUCUUCUCUUCCAACCCUAGUCAUGGCAUUAUGUUAAUGCAAAUAUUUAUCUAUUUUGUUGUAUCAUUGUUUCUUUAUUGGUUAAAUGUCCAAUCAAAACACCCGAUUUAAAAUAUUUAAUUAAUUAAAUCAUAAAUUUUUUAUUAAAUUAAGCAAUUUAAUGUUAUUGGUUUGAGAACAAUAUGAAAUAUUCUAUCUUUUUUCACAUUCUUUGAAAAACUUAAAUUCUAAGAUCAUAUAAAUUUAAAUUUGAAAUUCAGUUGUUAUAAACUCUGCAUCUGGUUCAUUUUUUCUGAUAUAUAUAUAUAUAUAUAUAAAUCACUAUAAAGAGUUUCUCUGUAUUUGUCAAUUUGGCUAAUAUCUGUAUUAUAAUUCUGUAAUCAUUAACAUUUCUGUAAAAGUUUAUAAAAGAAUGUGAAAAGAUGUGAGUAUAUUAUAUGUUUUCUCAAUACAAUUUACGAAAGGGUAUGAUAUAAAACAUACUAGUCACAUAUUAUAGAUGUACUAAUUUAUAUUAUUAAUUAGAUGAAAUAUGUAUAUUUGGAGAAAAAACUAUUUAUUAUAUAAUUUUCACUCACCUUGUUACUGUUUUUGAUAUAUUGUGAUGUAUCUUUUCCCCACAACCCCAGAUUAUAUUUUUGUUUUAUUUAUUUUCUAUUUCAACCCCUUUUUUCACUUAAACCUAAAAUUUAUUAAGAAAUAAAUUAUUGAGAAAGAUUUGUUAUUUUAGCCAUUGUCUCUCUAAUAUCAAUCUAAGUAUGAAUGAAAUCACCGAUUUUAGCCUGUCUCUUAUUACCGGUAAUUUAAUUUGACCUAUUCCAACACAAAGUGCAAUAUUUCAAGUGUUAUUGAGACUGGUUUUCUGUUAAUAUAUUAUUUGGUUACAGAUAUAAUUUCUACUGCUAUAAUCUAGUCGGAUCAAGUCACAACCUAAUUUCAUUAACUUCAAUGGAAUUAUAUGUCUUGAUCAAUAAAUAACAAUGGCUAUUCUUCAAAUUACAACCUCAAUAGUGGCAUGUUUCAUUUAUCAAUAAAUAAUGUAUAGUAUACUUUUAUAUAUCGGAACAUGUAUAUCAAUUUUCAUUUAUCCUAUUAGCUGCUGGUUAUUUAGUAUUCUUAAUUCAUUUUGAUGAUUAUUUUAUACUAAUUGAAAUGUCUCGAAUCAAUAUAAUCAUGUACAACAAAGUGAAGAUGUGUUCAUGGCUCCUUCAGAUAAUUUUUAUACUCAAAUAUCUUGUUACAAAUGACCUUAACAAUGGUAUUCUUGGCAUAUCACUUGGUGACAGAUGUCCUCAUGUCCACCUUAUUAAUUAUAGAAUUCAUAUAUUAUUAUAAAGGAGCCCUGGAUUCUGAUAAACAGCUUCAAAAUAAUUCAAUCCUAUUUCUAUGAUAGCUGUUUAUUAUAGAAUUUCAUCAUUUCAUUAUUAGCAAACACAGUAUUAGAAAGAAAUUUUAUAUUUUGUCAAAAUAUGUGUGAUUAAGUUAUAAAUAAAUACUAAAUUUAUUUUGUUCUAAUUAUUUUUGGAGCUAAGAAUUUUUUGAUAUAAACAAAGCCCACAAGUAUAACAAUACUAUUUAUGAUAUAUUAUAAAUAUAUGCCUGUAGAGAUACAUUUUAUUAAAUUAUAUAGAAAUAGGAGAAUCAUGCAUUUUCUUCUUUAGUUAAAUGGUAAUAUGCUUGUAAAACUUACUGUAUCUUGACCAAUUUUCAUGCCAAUUGUGUUUUGUACAUGGGAAGUUUCUUAGAUGUUUUGUUAGAUGCCAAGUUGUGAAUUACAAAGUUUCUAUGUUUUUAAUAAAAUCAGAUUGUUCUUUUA